UUCAUAAAAAAUGCAAGUUCAUAUUGAAUACAACAAAACUGAUUGAGAGACUCAAGAAAGCCCCCAGAUGCUUCAGAGACCAGCUGACGAGUAAUCAUCUUGAAGUGACCAAACUCAAUCUGAUGCUGAAGUAGCUACUUGAUAGCACAGCUGAUUGAAGUCUUCAUUGGUGUUGUAAAAGCUGGGAGAAUUUGGAAGUUCCCAAAUCCCAUCCCAAAUGUGGUGGAGGCUGGCACUCUGCCAUGUGGGCUGGGCCUUCACUACGGUUCAGUUUCCUUUUCUCCGAGUCCCUGAACCAUGGAGGUUGCUGAAGAAUUUUCUGUAUCUGCUUAGCUGUCCAGACAGAGCAGCUACACUCAGCCUCAGUCCUUGUACAGGUUCUACAAACAGAUUGAGAAGCAUGGCAGUGACACCUCGUUUGACGGGGAUGCAAGAAAAGAAGCUGCAAAAUUAUUUUGGAGGAAAACAAUUUACCCUUCUUUAUAAACCUAGUGUCCAUGAAUUCUCUGGACAUAAUUUGGACAGAUGCUGUGACCAAGGGCCUACUGUGAUGGUGAUUUAUGGUGGACAUUAUGUUUUGGGGGCCUAUAUAAAAGAGAGUUACAAGAAAGAUGACAAAGUUCCCAUUGUCCUUCUUGCCUUUCAAAGGAAUGAAAUUUCAGAAUGCAAUAUAGGAACAUAUUCACCAUCAUAUUUCUUUAUGAAUAUCAUAAAGGAUGGGAUGGUUUCAAAUUCCUCCUUAAUCCGAAGCAAAAAAAAAAAAAAAGUGACUAUGAACUUAGAUGCAAUUAAAGAACUUGGACUGCUUCAAAAUCAACCUAUUUCCUUUGAGGAAUGUGAAGUUUUUCGUUGUGAAGAUUUAUUGGACGAAAGAAUCAUGAAAGGGAUUACUUAUACAGGACAUAUUCCAUUAAGGAGCUGAAGGAUGGCAACUCCCUGCUGUUUAUUCUGUGUGACUCAAUGGGGCUGGGUGAGAAGGAAAAAGGGUUGUGCAUGGAUGACAUAGUCUACAUCUUAAAAGGCCACAUUUCUGACAGAUACCAGUUUAAUUCCACAAAACCAAUCACACCAGGUCAUAGUAACUAUAUUGAUUACCCAUUGCUGAAAGACAGAAUCCAUCGUGUGGCAUUUGUGUUCAACAUCAACUCUGUUGAACACCUCUCCUGUGACAUGAUGCGAAGAUCAAAAAAAUUCAAAGGGAGUUGAUAAAGUGUGUCUCCAUAAAAACAACUCUUUGGACAGGACAGAAGACCAGUCAGCAAUAUUGUAGCAUCAAGAGUUAUCUCUUCAGUUAUCUUUUCCAAGAGGUGCUGUCAUUUGAAACCUCAUUUCUUACCAUGGAAAGCAAUGAAGGGAAUUUCCUCUG